CUCAGUCCCAGAGGGGUGUGGUUUACAGCUCUCCGGACUGCUGUAGGACUUCAGCUGUGACCCACGGAAGGACGCCAGAAGCCACUCAAGACAUCCACAGUGACCCGGUCAGUGCUAGCCAUGACGAAGACUUUUACGUGCAUAUACCACUUCCUUGUUCUGAGCUGGUAUAUUUUCCUCAAUUAUUACAUCGCACAGGAUGAAGCAGACAAAGUGAAAUCCAAACUCUUUGCAAAUGGUAGCAAGUGGAAAUACAUGACGCUGCUUAAUAUACUUUUGCAGACCAUUUUCUACGGGGUUGCCUUCCUGGAUGAUGAGCUGAGAAGAAUCAGAGGGAGAAAAGACAUGACGUUCCUAACUGCCUUCAGAGACCUGCUUUUCGCCACACUGGCUUUUCCUAUAUCCACAUUUGUAUUUUUGGCAUUCUGGAUCCUUUUUCUCUACAAUCGAGAUCUUGUUUACCCCAAGGCCCUAGAUACUCUUUUCCCAGCAUGGCUGAAUCAUGCAAUGCACACUUUCAUAUUGCCCAUCACAUUGACUGAAGUCAUCCUCAGGCCACACUCCUAUCCAUCAAAGAAGACAGGACUCACCUUGCUGGCUGCUGGCAGCAUUGCUUACGUCAGCAGGAUCCUGUGGAUCUACUUUGAGACGGGUACCUGGGUGUAUCCUCUGCUUGCCAAACUCAGCCCUGUGGGGCUAGCAGCUUCCUUCUCUCUCAGCUACAUCUUCAUCGCCAGCAUCUACCUACUCGGAGAGAAGCUCAACCACUGGAAAUGGGGUGACAUGAUGCAGCCAUGGAAGAAGAGGAAGUGAUUGCACAGCAUUUUCCAAGAACCAAGAAGGAAGAAAACACAAGGGAUUUUUCUCGUCUUUUUUUUUUUUUUUUCUGGUGGAGAGAGGUGGUGGAGCAACAUAGGAAGGUAGGAGGGACAGGG